AUGACGGCAAGAAAAGGAAAAGAAAUUGUACAACUUGACCAAAGUGAUGAUGAUAAUAAUGUUGAAGAGAACUAUGGUUAUGGCAAUAUUGAUGUUCCAAAUGGUGUGUUGAGUAGCCAAAGUAAUGAAUUUGAGUUAAAAGUUGGCGUGGUUGCAUAUAGUGAAGAAGAAGCUUUUAAUAUGUAUAACAAAUAUGCAUAUAACAAAGGUUUCAGCAUUCGAAGAGAUCAAAAGAGUUUUAAAAGGAACACUGGUGAACUUAUUCGUCGUAGCUUUGUAUGUUCAAAAGAGGGGUUUAGGGAAUUUACAUAUCCAACUCAAGUGAAGAAGGCGGAGAGGGAGAUUUUCUCAUAUCUCUUGUAUGAAUGUGAAAGUGAAAGCGAAUUUGAGGAAAAAUGGGCAGAAAUGAUUGAUAAAUGGGGUUGUUUGAAUGAGUCAUGGCGUCGGAAAUUAUAUGAUCUUCAUCGAAAAUGGACUCCAGUCUUUAGCCGUGAUACAUUUUCAUGCAACAUUCGGGCUAGUCAAAGGAGUAAAAGUACAAAUAAUGUUUUCCAACAUAUGACAUGCAAGACAAUGAGUCAUACUGAAUUUGUGCAUCACUAUGAACAAAAUGCUGAAAAGAUGCGCGAGGCUGAAGUGAAUAAUGAUCACAAUUGUGCUCAUGGAAAACCUCGUAUUAUUUCUUGUAGUAGUGGGCUUCUUCGACAUGCAUGUAAGAAUGUUCCACUAUUGGAUACUACUGGAAACUCAGCAAAAACAGUGCGGCUCAACAAGUUAAUGUUCAAAGUCUUUAGUCUUAUGAAUUUGAGUGCUAAUUCUGAUGCCAUAACUGAGAUUGCAGAUCAUGAUAUGGACAAUAUAUUUGAGAAAGUUAUAAAAUUUAAUGCAAUAUCCAACGACAAUGAUACAUUUGAAGAUGAUAGAAAUAUUUCUUUAUCAAGAAAUGAGACUCCAAUAUUGGAUCCGCCGAGAUUGAGAAAAAAAGGUCACACAUAUGGUCGAAUGAAAGGUUUUCUGGAGAAGAAAAAAAAUAAGUCUAAAAAGGCAGAUGUGAGCAUAUCUCAAAUACCACAACCAACUAAUGCUAUGGCAGGAAUGCAAUCAUCUAUGUUAGGUGCUUCAUCUUUACAUUCGUUUGGGAUGCAAAUGAGUGAAAACUACCAAAACCAGUUUGUUCGCAUGUUUGGUAUGACAACACCAAAUGUUCAUACAAGCAUGCAAGUGACCAAUUCGAUGCAGAUGUUUCAAUACUCAAAUAUGCCUUUUACAAGUUUGUUACAAACAAACUUCCCUAUGCCCCAUUUAAGUCAGGGUACUUCCAACAAUGUUAUAGAAAGUUCAAAUUCUCUCAAUCUAUCAGACAUGAAUCAAGAAUUUGAUCAUAAUAAAUAG